AGUACCUAAUUUCAGUACCUAAAGAUUUUUAAUUAAAUAUUUUAAUACUUCCGGUAACUGUCAUUUUGUUGUAACUAAGCUGUAUGUUAUUUUGACGGUAUUUGAAGUCCGUCACUUUAUUAAAAGCAAAUACUUACGUAAAAGAAUUAAAAAAGAAAUGUUCCAAAUCGCACAGUGUUUAAAAUCCAUAGCGAGAAACCAAAUCCAGAUAAAAUAUAAACUACAUAAUUUCACAAAAAUUUCAUCAUUUUCACGCAGGUCUUAUGCUAUCAAUAAAUUUUAUAAAACCACUUCAAUUAUUGAAAAUAGUGACUCGUAUGGAGUAUUACUUGACAGUAGUAAAUUAAAAACACCAUUAGGUAAAGAACUUAUAAUAAAUAAUAAGGCUUUGGCACUUGCUGUUGCUGAAGAAUGGGAAAUGCAGAAAGAACAUAUAAAAACAGAUCCUAUGCACUUGACAAAGUUGUGUUUUUUGGCUGUUGACAAUCCUAGUGAUCUUUCAGAGCAUGACGUGGUACAACAGAUAUUGUCUUACCUAGAGACUGACACAGUUUUCUUCAUUUCUGAUGCGGAUAACGAGCUAGAAAAAUUAUUGAUGGAAAAAUGGAUGCCACUAAUUCAGAAGUUUAAUGGAUAUUUUGACACCAAUUUAAAACCAUCCAAAGGCAUUUAUGUUGAAAGUCUUGAUGCACAGACUAAGGCAUUAGUCGAAAAAUAUUUUUUAUCGCUCGGAUUCCCUGCUCUUCAUGGUGUUUUACAUGCUGUUGAAACUUUAAAAUCAUUGGUACUUACUACAUGUUGCUUACAUCAAGAUAUUUCUGUAAAAGAUGCUGUUCUAUUAUCUAAGAUGGAAGAAGAAUAUCAGUGUACAAAAUGGGGACGCGUGGAUUGGAUAAAAGAUUAUAUAGACAACGACUCUGUAAUCAGAUUGUCAGCUGCUAUGCUAUUUAUCUAUUAUACACUCAAUCCUAAGUACAAACCAUUAGCCAAGCAAGAUAAUUAUCCUCAAAUACAAAAUUCUUUAAAACAAUAAUUGAUAAGUCAUGUAUUUUAAUUUAUUAAAAAAUAGAGCAUAUCUUUAUGAUAUGAUAUGAUAUUA